GUACUUCUAGUACUCUUCUGGUGGAGCUGCAGUACCGCGCUCGGCCUGCAGGGGUCGCCCCCGCCCCCUCGCCUCUCUCCUCCUUCCCCUCCGUGGGCACAGAAAUGGCGGAGCUCCGUGCGGGCUUCGUCUUCGAGCUGCUGCCGCUGUAAAGACAACAACCAGCGGCCACGCAGGCACCGUGUGCGGGGCCAGCUCACAGGGAGGCCGCUGCCGGACGAGCGGGGCGAGGUUGAUGCCGUGAACCGGCCGGAAAAACUUCAUUUAUUUCGAGACGAGCCGAGCGGCUGGAGAGCCGAAAACAAGUCGGACAUGAGCGGGGUCGUAUGCAACACUGUCUUAAGCUGCUCCGCGUCCAUAUCACCGGUUCACGAUGAAAAGACGAUCAAGGUGACACAGGAGGGACGGUGCUCUCCGAUAUGCUGCCAGCAGAUCGAUGCUCAGAGGCAGGGAGAGGGCAGGAGAACAAACACCAUCAGCGUCACACCAAAAGACCCAAAGAGUGAGAUGGAGAGCAGCUACAGCCAGCGUUCGCCCUGCUGGCCGGAUGAACAGCAGCUCUACUGCGCUCAGACCUGCCUCCGCUCGCCCGCCGAACUCUCCCUGCCGCUCGGCAACAGCUUAUCUCACGCCGCCCUCCACGCCAACAACAACAACAACAACAACGGCAGCGCUCUCCACAGCCGCCAGAGGCGAACGGUCCGGCUCAAGGUCAAAGGAAAGAAAUCCACGCUCAGAAUUGCCGGCGGGAAAAACUCCCAAAACCGAAAAGUUACUGACUACUACCCGAUAAGACGCAGCUCAAGAAAAAGUAAAACAGAGCUCAAGUGUGAAGAAAAGAAGCACAUCGAUGAUCUCAUCACAAAGGGAAUCGAAGAAGGAAUGGAGGUGCAACAUAUAGAAGGAAAAGGCAGAGCGGUGUUUGCCACUCGGUGUUUCCAGAAAGGCGAGUACGUGGUCGAGUACCACGGAGACCUGCUGCAGAUCACUGACGCCAAAAAGAGGGAGGCCGAAUACGCUCAGAACCCGGCAACCGGCUGCUACAUGUACUACUUCCAGUACCUCUGCAAAACUUACUGUGUGGACGCCACUAAAGAGACUGGUCGAAUGGGUAGGUUGAUAAAUCACAGCAAAACCGGAAACUGCCAAACCAAACUCCACGACAUCAACGGCGUCCCUCACCUCAUCCUCGUCGCCUCCCGGGACAUCGACGAGGGCGAGGAGUUGCUAUACGACUACGGAGACCGCAGCAAAGCCUCCAUCGCGGCUCACCCGUGGCUCAAAUACUGAUCGACGGAAAGAAGAAAAAAGAAAAAAAAACGGAAACUACGGAGGAAGCGGGCGGGUUACGUUUUCGUGGGAGGGUCGACGGGGUACUUAUCACGUUUCGAGGUCCAUCUGCCUUGUCAGGUGACAUCUGUACUUUUUAUUUAUGUGUAUAUGAAACAUUCUGGUUGUUUUGCAGCACAUUUCUUUUGUACGUUUUGUAUUUCCUAUAGACCAAUGCUUCGAAAGCAUGCAGGUGGUAGUUAAUGCUCUGCAUUUUUAUACUGCUUUUUUCUUAAUUAGUAGUUAGCAAUACUUAUAUUUAUGGCCCUUUUUUUUUUUUUUUUGGAUCAACAAGAACUUAAUGAGAUGCAAAAAUUACAACCCGUUUUUUAAAAAACCUGAAGUUGAAUUUGAUUUGCAGCCGUCAAAAAAAAAAACCUCACAAUCGAGUGUUUUGUUUGAGCGGAAGUGUAAAAAUUGACCAAACUCAUGCUUCAGUUGGCUUUUUUUUUGUGUGUGUUAACCGUGAGAGUGGAUCAAAGUAUUUAUGAAGUAAUAUCACACACACAGGCUUACAUAGGAAUACAGGAAUUCAUAUUUCUCACUGCUGCAUUCAUACUUUUUUUGUUCUUCGUUUUUAAUCCUAUAUUGUAUUUUUUAAUAUUUAAGACGCACAGUACGUUUGUUAUCAUGUAUCAACAUUUAUGAGGUAAAUAUCUUCUAUUAUAUCUAGAUUAAUAUGAUUAAUCAGCUGUCAAACUUCUGUUUUAAUUCACUUAAAUAUGAAUUCUUCACCUCACUUUGACACUUCUGUUUCCGCACCGUGUACAUAUAUUUAUUAUUGCAUUGCUGUUGCAAAUCCAAAGGGUGGUUUAAAGGAAUAGUUUGGACGUUUUGGGGAGAAAAAGUGUUUUCACUUGUUAGAUGAGAAGAUUGAUGUCACUUUAAAGUCUCAUGUUGAAGCUAAUCAAGCGAAAUCUUUGACUGUUCACACUUAUUAAGUUGAGAGUAACAUACAAGGAAUUUAAGCAAUCAGAGGCUCUUCGUCGUGGAAUACAAUACGUGCAAACACAAUAUGAACAGGUGUCAACUUUGACGGUUUUUAUCACAAAGCUACGACCAACUGUAAAACUCGUUCCAGACCCGUUUCAAUCAGCUGUUUCUCGGUCGUAUCGUUGCGUGUCGAGCCUACCAAACUUCAGGCGCGGUGGCGAAAACGCAGGCUGUAGAGCUGCGAAAGAAAGUUGGAAAAAAACACAGCUCGACGUCACGCUGCAGCCGCUAAUCAGACGUUCAGACUCGAUCAAACCUCCACAGUCAGCCUGAAAUGUCUCUGAUACUCGACCUGUCGUGUUCUGACUUUUAUUCCAUGAAGCAUUGUGUCCAAUGGUUUGAGCGAGCAGUGGUUGAGCGACUUGUGAAUGAGAGCGAGGGAGCACCGGCAUCGAUAAAGCCGAUUUAAUCAGCGAAAUAAAAAGUUAUUUCUUGAUUGUUUUCCUUCAAUGAUCUGGUAUCAGCCUGAGUUUUAUUGUCAUUAAAUGAGAUUUAUCGGGAUGUAGUUUAGCUUUUCGUCUCGGAAGUAUCGUCCAAAAAUAUAUAUCAUAAAACGCCCGGUCAAAUAAAAAGUAGAGGCUGUCAUGCAGAUUUUGUCGUCUUUGGACGGAGCCAGGCUAGAUGUAGCUAUAAAGGACAGAUAUCAGUUCUCAUCUAACUCACAGAAAGAAAGCGUCUCUCCCAAAAAUGUCGAACUCUUCUCUUUCAGGUCACGUUAAAGCUUCUUCACGCUCGCACGCGCACAAACACAAACCUGUUGGCGUCCAACAGAAAGUGGGUUUGGUGAACUCUUACACUCCGACUGUAUCUACUGCUAACUGGAUCGUUGCAGGUUUUCUACACAUCUGUUCUUCCCGCUCACAUAUUGUUCACAACCAGAUGUUCCAUGUGAAAGUAUUUAAACCGCCAACAGGUCUUUUUUUUUUUUUUUUUUUUUUUUAACUUUAUAUUUUAAGUAGCUUUUUCCAAAAAUGUGUUCUCCAUGAAAUGUAGCCAGAAGGUCAGAUUUACCUCAAACCAUUUCUGGCACAGGUUUCUCCCCUUUUUUAAUCUUAAUUAUCUUAAUUUGUGUUUGAUUAAUUUUGAUCUAGGAAAUCGCUGAGAGACAAAUUAUUAUUUUUCUCUCAGCUAAUUGACAGUAAGGACAAUAUAUUUUAAGGAAAUGUCUAAUUCUGUGCAUUUUUUUCAUACAAAUGAUAUAAAUCACAGUGUCAUCUCAUUUAAACAUGAACUGUAUUUUAACUUUAAUAAUCAAAGAGUAAUAAUCAUGGGUUA